AAAAAAAAGAACAGACUACAAGACGGGGCGAAAUGCACUGUUCAGAGUGUCCUAUGUUUGUGUCGGGGUAUGGGGAAAGAUCAAAGGCUCCAGGAAGCUAGCUACUAUCCUGUCAGAGAGGAAGAGAAGGCAAAGGGUUAAACUGGGGCUGGGGAAACCUGAUGCUAAUUAAAGGCUUUGGAAUGCCACAUACUGACAUUCUAUUCCAGAACCGAGCACGAGCAGAGUGGGUCGGUCGAGUCGUGGCUUGGAGAGGGAGAGAGGCAUGUCUCCCGUUACCACCGUCUUUAAUGACAUUCCGUCGGGAUACCCGCGCUAUUAAACACCAGCUACAGACUGGGUUAAUGAAUAAAGAAUGCUGCCAUCCAAAUCCAAAUCGACGCCUUUGAUUCUGUGGUUCCUCUUGUGUCUGCACACCAUCGUUGGUGGUGGUGUUGCAGAGAUAUGCCGUGGGGCGCACUGUUUUGGCUCGGAAACAGGGGAUCCCAGACCCUGCUCUGGUCCUCACUGUCCACUGGCACGGUCUCAGAGACCGACGACAAGGCAACACAACGCCGCCACCGCACAGCUCCGCUCCCCGCAGGUUGCUCUCCAUAAUCUGCCAACAACAACUCACCACAACACCCCAUCACUAAGUUCGGUCGCUGCUCAACAACCUCAGCGGGACAGACUCAUCACGGAUGGAGACCCGGAUGGUGGUGGUCACGCACGGGCGGUGGGCUCUGAGGGGUCCGCACCACGUUGCACGGGGUCUGAUUGUUACAGCCCUCAACGAACCCCUCAAGCUGCCAACGACACCAGCAGGGACUGCAAAGGAAUCGAGUGUAAACUACCUCUGAAGGUGAUUCGGUUCAAGCCUCGACCGAGAGCGUGUGUGGGGGACGGGUGCUUUACUGACAGUGAUGGAGAUGCUGGUGGUGCCGCAAGCCACCCGACUCUGGUCCACUUGCCAGACCGAGCGGCGCAGUUCCUGGCAGACUUGCCUGACUUCGGAAGUCCUGUGUCGGACCAGGGAAGCGCCCCGCUGGGUGUCCAACUUACCUGCGACAUCAAGCCAGGUGAGAACGAAGUUCCGUCUGAGGAUGCGUUGAUCCUGCACCUGCAGCUGGCCAAGGGCCAGGAGACGUUGGUGGAGGCCCUGCGCUCACAGCAGACGCUGAUCCGGGACCUGCAGCAGCGUCUGGUGGACCAACAGGGGGCGCUCCUGGCUCAGCAGCGUGAGAUCCUGGACCAGCAGCGGCGCAUGGCCGAGCAGAUGGACGUGGUCAAGGCCCAGUACGGCCUGCUGUCCGAGACCAUCAAGCAAGCCUCCUUCCAGGGUCUGCAGGGGGAGUUGCAGAGCUACUUCGAGAGCCACCUGGCCGGCCUCCAGAGCCAGGCGCGCAGCCACCUGGUGCAUCAUGGGAAGUCCUACGCGGUGCACAAGGUCGACGUGGACGCCAAGGUCAUGGACGUGCCCCUGCCACCCGGAGACAUGGCACCACCACCACCACCACCACCACCACCACCACACAUGAUGUCCAACCUGCAGCACCACCAGUCUCCGGAGGGUCGGAUGAGGGGUCACCCACCACUACCCAUGCUGGCGUGCCCGUCUCCGUGCGGGGCGGAGGAGUACUGUGACUUCCAGAGGGAGCCGCCCAGCUGCCAGAGCUGCACCAUGUGCCCGCCGGGCUUCUUCCUGGCCUCGCAGUGCUCGCCCACGGCCGACCGCCUCUGCCAGGACAGGGAUGAAUGCCUGGAAAUACCAAACGCGUGUGGGGAGCGAGUCAAGUGUCUGAACACACCAGGGGGUUUCCGCUGUCUGGGCGUGUCAGAGCGGGAGGCGUCGGGGGGUCUGUGUGGCCACGAGUACUUCUUCAACCCGGAGCUGCAGGAGUGCCAGGCCUGCUCCGACUGCGACGGCGCCCCCAUCGCCUCCCCCUGCACCACCACCAGCGACACCAUAUGCGGAGGACCACCAGCCUCCGACAGCAUCCACCAUCACCCAGCCUCCGACAGUCACAUUUCCCAGGUCUGGAGUGCCUUCUCUGGGCUGCCCUCCCCCAAGGCGCGGGCUGUCCAGCAGAUGAUCCCAGGGCUCCAGCUGAGUGUGCAGGGUGGGGAGGAUUCGGAUCUGCUGACUGCCAGCCGAGAUGGCAGGUUGACCAUGAGGCAACACGGGCUGCUGUGGGUGGACCACAAUGUGGCCGUCAAGCACGGCUGCAGGAACUACCUCCAGGUGGGCAUCAGGCUGAAUGGCAGUGAGGAGGAGGCGCAGGAACUCAGCAGUGUUCGGCUGGAGCAGCCCGAGAGGAAACGCUUCCAGGGGGUGAGUGUGUCGGCAGCCCUGGAGGUGGAGCCCAACCACACGCUCUCCUUAUUCCUCCGCAGCCCCAACCAGCACUGCAACCAGAGCCGCGACCUCACGACCUACGACCUCUCCGGCCCCUCCCUCAGCCUGCUCUGGCUCUCCCACGACACGGGCGCGGUGGCCAUGACGGCCCACAUGACCACUGCGGCGGCCCACUACCAGACCAGCUACCGGCCCACGUUCCGCGUGGCCGCCGUCUCCGACCCGUACAUGCUGGUGCUGACCCACGACGGGCGUGGCGUGCGCUUCACCGAGGCCGGCGUGGCCAAGUUCGUGCUGCAGCAGGCGCUGUACGCCAUGGGGCACACGUGCGUGCGCGAGGGCUUCAAGCUUGCGGCGCACGUCACGCGCAACGGCAGCAGCUCCGAGGUGGCGCGUGCCUUCAAGCCAGGCGUCAACUACCGCGACACCUCGGUCACGCUGUCGGCGGCGGCGCUGGUGGAGGCCGGGGACGCCAUCACGUUCGAGCUGAUCUCGCCGUCCCAGUGCAGCGUGAGGUAUUUCGGGGACAGCUCGGGCAUCAGUCUUCUAAGCAUGAUGUGGAUCCCCUCGGCUGCGUCCUGCGUGCUGGCUGCCACUGUGGCGAGGGCCGGGUUGCCGUCGGGUGCCGUGCGGAACAAGGCUCUGCUCUUCCGGCAGCUGGACGCCUACGAAGGCUCCACGUCUCCCUCCCCGACGACGAGGCAGGUUCGCUUGGCCGGCACGGGGGAUGCCCACCCUGGCAGGAACUUUGUGUUCGGGGAGGAGGGCAGCGUCAACGUGGCACUGGACAUCAAGCUCAUCCACUCCUGCAGUGCGGUUAAACUAACGCUUCAUAGGCAAGGGGUGGGCACUGGGGACGUGCAGGGUCUGGGCAUGGGACACGCCAGAGGGCAUCCGCCAGCGGGCACAGCCAGCACCACGCUGGCACAGCAGGUUAGCGGGCACAUGCCCGAGGGCAGCGAAUGGGCAAGUGUUGGCCUUCGCACCUCCUUCUCUGUCCAGAACGGCACGGCCAUCUACGUCACUCUGGACUGCGUGCGCGGACGCAUCAACCAGAUCAGUCAAGAAGGCGGGCCCAAUGUGUCCAUCCUCUGGGUGGCCAUGUGAUCUGGCAAAUCACAAGGCCAGAUGACUAGGACGCAAGAUGUGAUUGGUUGCAUGGAUUUGAUUGACGUUUGACGUUUGUCAAACCACAAAAAAAUAUCACGGGUUCUUGCACAUUUGCUAUUGUAAACCUGAAACAGACAGAAAAAAAAUCUUUUCUCAGAUAUUUUGAGAUAUGUUAUGUACUGACAGCACAGGUGCUCUUUGGGAAAAAGUAUCUCCCUACGUAUAUCUAUAUUUUGUAAUACUAGAUUUUAGUUUUGAACUUUGUUGUUUAAAUUUUUUGUCACUUUGUUGUGUCUGUGCACCAUUUUUGAGUUAUAUUGAUUUAAGUGGUUUGAACUAAUAUCUCCGCCUCUCUGCAUCAAUACAUGGCAGCAGCAGGGGAGGUUUUUAUAUUAUUGACAAAAGUACUUAAUGCACUCGUAAAGUACUUCGGCUGGUUGACCAGAGACCAAUUUUUUCUUAGACUGAGCUUAGCGUUGUGUGUGUGUGUGCGUGUGUGUGUGUGUGUGUGUGUGUGUGUGUGUGUGUGUGUGUGUGUGUUUGUUUGUGUGCGUGUGUCCGAGUGCAAGCGUGCAUGCGUGCUUGUGUGUGUGUUUAUAAUUGAGUGUCAGUUACGUACAUUCACUUCAGGUGUGCAGGAAAUACUUGUUUGUCUGUUUCAUAACAUGUACGUAUGCAUCUUGAGUCCAGAUAAGUUAUUUAUAACACUUAACCAAUACUAUAGCACUAGAUUUAAUUCUAGAGGUAUGUUAUGGAAAAUCGUAUGGGCCUUUGAAAGCAUUUAAUAUGUAAUAACGUGUUUACUUAUUACCUUGCCAAUUGAAUCAUGAUAUCCAUCCAAAUCAAGCCCUGUAGGUCGUCAAAUGUACUGUUCUGUUGUGGUGAGAUUGCAAGGUCCAGCAAUUGGACGAAUCCCAACAUUUUUAUUUUAUAACCCAUAUUUUCCUUGACUUCCAAAUGGCACGUGCAUGUGAAGUGAACAUUUAUUUGUCCACAUUUGACUGCAGAACGCCCCUGUCCCCCAGUGGGUUUGUGUGUUAACUGUGUAUAAUGCAUAUGUUUUGUGUUACCCUGAAAUGUGCAGCCGCAUCAUGGAAGUGUGGCCACGCCACGGCAUACCAUGUGUAAUUGCUUCUGUAUGUUCCCACAGUCAGUCGGCAAAACAAUUAGGAAAAAUGAAGUGUUUUGCAGCAUCUGGCAACAAGCAAAUACAGUCCCUUUGAAUGUCUCGUGUGAUAUAGCCACUUCCCAUAUAGGCCUACCAAGUAUGCAAAUAGAGAUUGAAUGAACACUAGUUAUUUCCUGAACCGCAACUGUAUCAGUUAUGCAGACCAGACGGGUGUAGUCUUUAAAUGCAAAGAGAAUGAAUAAAAACCUAUAUUUUCUUUCCUUACAAUGGAACACAUUCCAGGAUGUCUGACAAAAUCUGUGGAGAUAUUUUGUUUUGUGGUAGUAGGGUUGCUUGUCACGUCUUUCUUUCUUUCUUUCUUUCUUUC